AUGAAUGGUGAACUUAAAGAUUCUGAUGAUGAUGUUGAUGAACAUAACAUGGAAUAUUUGGAAGCUGUAGAUAAUGAAAAUAAUAAUCAGAAUAAAAAAAGACGUAAAAGACAAAGUACAAAUAGUAAAAGUAUGGGAGAAGAACAAAGUGUUGAAGAUGAAUUAUUUGAAGGUUAUGAAACUACUUCAAGUGUAACAGAUGAUGAAGAUUAUCAUCAUUUUCAGGAAGAAAAUGAUUUGGAGGCUUUUACAACUUUAAUUGAUGAUCAAGAUGAUAAACAAGGAUUAAAUGUUUUUGUCCUUUUUAAACAUACAUUUGAAGUUUUGAAACAAAAUAAUCCAUUAUUGUUCGAUGCUCUUUGUGAUCAACAAAAAUUGGGUGAAAAAAGAAUUGCUGAAUUAAAAGCUUUAACAGAUGUUUGUAUAAGAGAAGAAAAUUUGGUUGAAUCAAAACAACUUGCUCAAUCUGGUGGUUAUUCAUUUGAUGCAAAUCAACCAGUUCCGGGGACAUUUAAAUUUGCUUAA